AUGGGCAAAAGAACCACCAAUGCAAAUCAGUAGUGCUAUGAAGAAGAAUAGGUUGGAGGAGAUCAUGAGACCCCUGCAUAAAGAACUAAAACCAAGGGCUGGCUUCACAUCCACAGGCAGGAGUUCCUUCAUCAAGAUAAUACCGAUGGAGACAGUAAAGCAUGCAAAAUGUGCCAUCUGUUUAGAAAGAAUCCAAGACAUGACCUAUUUAAACCCCUGCAAACACAGGUUCUGCUUUGACUGUGUACAGACAUGGUCCAAAAAGAAAGCAGUGUGUCCACUGUGUAAGCAGCACUUCCACUCGUUCUACCACGCUGUACGUGGAAAGGGGGCAUCUUAUGGAUAUGUUCUGCCCUUGAAAGACCGUCCCUUUUCUCAUUCCAAAAGCAAGGAAGGUCACACAUCAGCUUCCUCUCAAAGGGUGUCUUCGCCUCCUGACAAUGGCAUCGUGCAGGAUGAUAUUACAGGAAAGCUAACUCAAAGGGAAAAUGAGAUUUAUCAGCUCAUGAGGCAGUUUACAGCAACAAAGAGACCUGCGAAGGCUAUAAGCCUCGGGAAAUUUAAAGCCCAAGCAGUUCUUCAUUUCAGGAGAGCUCUAUACCUUGGUGGGAUCCUGGUUCAAAAUACUCAGAAUCCAAAUGUCAACCGAAUUGCUUCGGCUGAAUAUUUUGCCCAAAACCCCAGCUGCUUUGACAGAUUAAUCCCAUGGUUGAGACGAGAAUUAAAAGUUCUCUGUGGUAAUCAGAGGCCCCUGGUUCAUACUUUACAGGGCUUCAUCCUGAAAAACAUGGCUCAGCAUGAUCUGCAGAGCAAGGAGUUUGAAGCCUUGUUGCAGCCUCACUUGCGCCACUUCACAACCCACUUCUUGCAUGAGUUCAUCAGUUUCGCACAGUCACCGUUUAGCAUGAAGAAGUACGAUUGGCAUGCUUCUUAUGAAUGCCCUCCUCUAAGGAGGGAAGAGUCUGAUGCUUUAUUCCCUUCUGCAUCAUCAGACGAUGAGUGUCCUCGACCACCUUCUAAUGAUCAGAGAGCCAAAGGUAAUAGUAAUCCAGAUGACAGAAAACAGGAACCCUUGCAGUCCAGUUCAGAGAGAGAUCUUACCACUUUAUUUACUGCAGCUGAUGGUCCGAAUCAUUCUAAGAGCGAAGGAAAUAACGCGGAAGACGUGUCUGAGAGUGAUCCUGAGCAGGAGGUCCACACAGCAGAUGUUUUCACAAAGAACAAACUGAAGGUGUUGCAACGAACUAAAAAAGCACACCCCGCAGGGUUGUUCUGUCACACCCAGAUGCUUCAAUAUGUGAAGGAAAAUGAAGACACUGGAGAAUCGCAUCCUGUUCGGAGUCACCACUCAAAAGAUCUUGAAGCCUACAGCGUCUCAAAUAUAUUAGCAUCUGGAGAUUAUGUGGCACUUAAUUGUAACCACAGCAAUGUUGCUGAAUUCGACACUAUCCAAACUGCCACAAGUCAAGAACCGACCAAAUGGCAAUGUCUUGAUUUUCCUACAAAUCAUUUCAGAAGGUCUUCAGAGAGGAUGAUAACAUCUUCUGCUGGCAGAAAGACUGUGUUUGAAAUAGAUGGAACAAGAGUUACCAAAUGCAGUUUUGAGGAAGGCUACACUGCCCCCAAAGAAAGAUCUGGCAAAAAGAGUAGAAGGCGACAUUCACAAGAAGGGAGGGGAUAUGGAAACUCCUCAAGAGAGGGAAGAGUUAGAAGAGAGCAAAGGAAAGCAAAAUCAAGCGAUGGGAGCUUGUUCUGCAAGACAACUCUGUCCUUACGAAGUGAGAACAUUGUAGCCAGAGAUAUAAACAAGGGAAAGACUCGGAAAGCUCAUCAUUUCAGAAAGCUACGAAGCAAAGAUUAUGAAUGUGCUAGAGACAGAGUAUACAGUGAACCCAAUUGGAACAGUCUCUACUACAAACAAGACUGCGAGAGGUACAGGUAUGAAGAACCCUUGGGCAGAAUGGGUGAGACAACCAGAGUUUCCAGUCCGAAAACAUUGGUUAGCAUCAGAGAGAGACCUUUUUUCUCUCCAGAAAGCAAACUCCUGCUUGACCAAGGAAGUGUUUCUAAAGGCCAGGAUCACUGUUCAGAGAGACACAGAAGUGUGAGGAGAUCUAAAGAUAAGUUUGCUAUAGCAGGGCAAGAAAGGGGGCCUUAUGACAAACCAGGUGGCAAAAGAAGACAUAAAUCAUAUGUGGAGUCCAAGCAUUCAGGGGCAGGACAAAGAUACUUUCAUGAUGGUAUGAACAGCUGAUGGUGACAGUGUUGCUACCAAGCUCAGUGCAGUACAAAUUCCAGAAUGAAAGCGAUGAUGUGAAAUCCACAGAGAUAAUGACUGUACAGUAAGGACAAGCAAAAUAAUAUCCUCAGAAGGAGAGAGAGCAAAUAAUAUCCUCAGAAGGAGAGAGAGCACCAGGAGAAGGACAAAGUGCAACAUGCAAAUGAUGCAUACUUCUUUUUUUUCAACCUGUUCUUAAGUCUUUAGAAUAAAAUGUAAAUCUUCUCCAUAUAGUUUAGUUUCUGUUGUAACCACUUCCUGGGGUUUGGAGAGCAAGGCAUAAAUUGUAAACAU